AACAUCUGCAGCAUACGCUCAAAAAACAUCCCUAAACACUUGCAAAGUUCAUGUCUUCAACCAUGACUACUUUCGGUUUGUCAACAGUGGUUUUUUCAGUUCUUGUUCUAACAUUAUUGUCUGCAAAUAGCCACACAACGGUUGUCGGAGCCCGCAAUCUUCUAGAACCAACAUUACCUAAGCCAGAAGUGCCACAACUUCCCAAUGUUCCUGAGUUACCAAAGGUUCCAGAAUUACCCAAAAAUCCUGAGUUACCUAAGAUUCCAGAAAUUCCCAAAGUUCCCGAGUUACCUAAGGUUCCAGAAUUACCCAAAAUUCCUGAGUUACUUAAGGUUCCAGAAAUAUUCAAAGUUCCUGAGUUACCUAACAUACCAAAACCUGAAACACCUAAAGUUCUAGAAUUGCCUAAAUUAUCUGAGAUAGCUAAGAUUCCAGAAUUUCCUAAAGCAUUUCCAGCUACCCAUCCUUGAGCUUGAAUUAUGUGUUUUGCAGUCUUGUCCUCUGGUCUAUAUUGCAAUGCCUAGUUCAUUUUGUUUGAUGAAUGUUAGAUUAUUUGUUUGAGUUGUUGUAAUGGUUUACUUGUAGUUUUGAAUCGUACUGGAAGUUAUGUUCAGUUUUAAAGUUGUUUAAAUCCUUCAUGUGUCAGUGUUGUUAUAAAUUCAAUAAGAUUGUAUUAUCUGAAAUCCAGUAUAGUUAACGUUCUAAAUCUUGUGCUUUUAGUUUA